CGAGCCAUAGGCACAGCCCUCCCCCUUGCCUCCCGCCCCUUCCCCCCUCUCCAAAACCGCAGGAGCCGCAGUGGCUCCGCUGCACUCCCUCGGCUCCGGUGCUAGCAGCGGGGAGGGGGCGGGCAGCUCCGGCCCAGAGCGCGCUGCUAGCCCAUUGCCAUGGCCCGGACGGGUGCCAGCCUCUAAGAUGCUGGGGGGGAGCCAACCGCACCGGCCAGGCGGCUGGGAUCGCUGCAGGGUCGGGGAGAGGUUGCACGCGGCCCUGGCUGGCCUCCAGGAGCUCCAGGGGCUGCGGGAGAAGCAGCGGUCGCUGGUGAGCGGGGCCCUGGCCAUGCAGCAGCCGCCGGCAGCCCGCGAGGAGCAGGCGCGCAGCAAGGAGCACAGGCUGGAGGCCACUCUGACUGCUUUGAAGGAGCAGCUGUCACGUUUAAGGAAACAGGAUGUUGGCUUGAAAAGUCAUCUAGAUCAACUGGACCAGCAAAUAAGUGAACUGAAGCUGGACGUCAGGAAGACUUCUAGUGACUACCUCGACAGUGACAGCAGACCCAGCUCAGGCUUCUACGACCUGAGCGACGGUGGCUCCUGCUCACUGUCCAACUCUUGCACAUCUGUGUAUAGUGAAUCCAUGUCCUCCUCCCACACCAGUCUGUUGCCCAGCUAUCAACAGCCCAAAACACGGCUCAGUGUCUUUGAUUACCGGCCCAAGUCUGCAGACGAAACCACUGUGCACCACACCACUCAGUUUCAGCACGAGGGAGUCUAUGUCAGCGAUGGAUGUCGAAUCAAGGGUAGCAUGGAUGCUUCUGGAACCCUUGCCAGGUCCAGACCAAGGCCAGUUUCCACAGGUGAUCUGGAAAGACUCCUACCAGCAGACACCGGAUAUCAGAAAGUGACAGAUCCCAAAUCUGCACCCCAGCUUUGUCAUGGAGUGGAUCUGCAAUUCCACAGCAUGGACCCAAAGUACCAAAAUGACUUGAUCUCCAAGAGCGGCAAUGAUGUGUAUCCUUACCCGAGCCCUCUUCAUGCUGUGGCUUUACAAAGCCCGCUUUUUUCUCUGGUGGGGAUACCAUUGGAAACAGACAAGUGCCCUUCCCCCAAUAAACCCGCAACUAGUGUUACAGGUCCCAGCUUGAUUAGGACUAGGCCAGUGAUUGAGGCCAGGCCAGGGGGUUAUAUCAACAAACUGCUGCAGAUGACGAGAUGCAGAGGGAACAAUCGUGCUGAUGCCAGUGAGAAGGUUUCAACAAAGAGCCAACCAUUCACCAUGCCCCAGAGACUCAUUAUAACGCCCUGCACUGGUGGAGUGAGAAUUAGCAGCAGCAGCAGCCAGCUGGAAAAACAAGGCAGCUUUCUGGAAAGGAACAAAGCGGAAGGGAAACUGCAGAGGGAGGUGCUUGAAGGGGAAUGUGCCAGGCAGCAGGGGACUGUGCACUGUAUGAAUGUAGAGCAGCCAACCACCCAGCCUGACCCAGAGUCAUCAGUUGUAAAUAGUUGUUACCCUGCCAAGUCAACAGUCAGGGGCUCUCCCCUGGCAGAAGCAGUGGGGAAUGGCUUGGAGCACAGUUCCUCCUGCUCACAGAUAUGUCAUGAGAUCUCUCGUCCAGAUAUCUUGAACACUAAUGCUCUCCUGCCCAAAAAGCUGAACAGAAAGGAUGCCAACCUGAGGAUGGCUAAUGCCGGGGGUGAUGAGCCAGGGACUCAGAGUGAAUUUGUUCAUGCUCAGUUUGUCCCUGCAGAAUCCCAUCAAGUCAGAGUGAGGUUUGCCAGCUCCAGAAUGAAGUCUGUGAAGAUUAAGAGGCGGAACAGUGAGAAGGCGGUGAGGCCUGGGAAGCAGACCCUUUGUGCAGAAAAGUCAAGGGGAGUCCAUGGAGCUGCCAGGCUGCCUGUUGAGUGGGUCCCUCAAAGACAGCAUGGAGGAAAGAGCCUGGUCCAGAGGCCUGCCUAUGCUGGAGAGGUUACUGGCAGGUCUUGCUCAGAAUCCAGCCUAUUCCCUGUGCAAAUCAGAAUCCCCUCAGUGCCAUCCAGGCCCGAACUUUACCGGGCAUCUGCUAAUGCGCUGUAUUCUCUUGAAACGGCUUACAUAGACACAGCCACCAAGAAAAAGCAGCGGAAGUGGCAGUCCACUGUGGAAAUCUCAGCAAAGGCCCACCUUUCCACUUUCUCCAAUGGCUUUGGCCUCGGGCCACCGAGACAGCCAGGACGGAGAGCUGGGGUCCUGCGCACUGUAAGCACCAGGGCACAUUCAAAGCACCACCGCCAUGGAACGUAUGCCAAAAGCGAGUCAGAUCAUUCUGAAUACUCUGCUGAAUGUGCUUCCCUCUUCCACUCCACCAUUGCAGAGACCAGUGAAGGCGAGGUCAGUGAUUACACAACCAACCGCUUUGGGGACAGCGAGUCCAGUGAAAGUGAUUCAGAGGGCAGCAGCAGUAGCAGCAGCCUCACUCUUGACUAUGAUGAUGCGGAUGAAAGUGAGUUGGUCUGGCCCGAAACUUCUGUCAGGCAGCCAGGAGCUGUCCACACCUCUUUCAAGCCUCUUCCUCCCAUGCCCAAAAUCUGUCGCAUCAAAGCUUCUAAGGCACUGAAAAAGAAGAUUAGGAGGUUCCAACCUGCCACUCUGAAGGUUAUGACCAUGGUUUAAGUGAGAGUAACAUCAGUUUAUCCCAAUGAGAUUCACACUGGCUCAUUUGCAAAACAAUAAGCCUGAUGCGCAAAGAAAAUAACAGUUUUAAAGGAACUCUGAACAACAUCCAGAUCCACAUUAGGGACCUUUUCAUUUGCUAAGGGACAUAAAUAUAUGAUCCUGUAUCUAAUUCCCUCUUUUGCCACAUAAUCUGUAAAUAUGUAUUUGUGUAUAUCGCAUGAUGCCUUUUCUUCCUAUAUGUCAGAGGUCACUGUGGUUAAAAUCGAGGUGGCAAGCCCAAACAGCCCCUGAUGUAAGAGUUUCUGGGGGGGGAAGCUUCCCCAGUUUGAGAUACAAAGGCCUCCCAAGAAGGGCAGCUCUUCCCCAGCUGAAGGGCACUGACACUUCCCUGUGCUAAGAAUCUCUUCACAACCUCAGUCAUCAGUCUUCUCCCAGUGAGAACUGAUGCAUUCCUCCCAUUAGCUACCCAUCUUUUCCUGUGUUCACCUGGUAGAGAACUAGAGCAGUCUCCUUCAAUUUCUUCUACAUUAGGACGGACCAUUCCCACUCCAGCACCAGUCACUAGGGCUAUGUUUAUACUACAGUUUUUGCAGAAAAACGGCUGUUUUUCUGAAAAAACUUCACUUACGUCCACACUGCAAUUGCAUUCUUUUGAAAAAAAAUCUAAAGAACAGAGGGCG